AUGAGGUGUUCGGGGAUUAAACCAAACGAGUUCACUUUUUUGAUCAAUCUCAAGGUGUCUGGGUUUGUGGGAAUUGCUGAGAAUGGAAUGCAAAUUCACAAUAUUUGCAUCAAAUCUGGUUUUGAAUGGGUGACAGUGGUGAGCAAUUCUAUCCUCGACAUGUAUGCGAAAUGUGAAAAACUUUACGAAGCAGCACAUAUGUUUAAUGUGAUGCUAGUUAAGAAUCUUAUCAGUUGGAAUGCGAUGAUAGCCGGAUUCACACUUGAAGGAAAUGGGGAGAGAGCUUUGGUUUUGUUUAGGAAAAUGCAAGGGCUUUGGGAAGUGCCCGAUGAGUAUAUGAUUACAAGCACGCUCAAGGCUUGUAGUGGCCUUGGAGCAAUUCAGCAAGGAAGCCAAAUACACUUCUCCUUAAUAACAAGAGGAUUCCCGUGUUCAGUUUGGACUACUGUUGCCGGUGUUUUUGUUGAUCUGUAUGUCAAAUGCGGGCACUUAACUGAAGCUCAGAUAAACAAGUGUGGAUUGACAGAUGAGGCAGAAAGAUUGUUUUAUGAAACUCCGAUGAGGAAUGUAAUUUCUUGGACGAUUAUGAUCACUGGCUACGGAAAACAUGGUAUUGGAAGGAAAUCUUUUUAUCUUUUCAACCAGAUGCUAUCAGAUGACAUUGAACCCGAUGGAAAUGUAGAGCAUUAUGCUUGCAUGGUUGAUCUCCUUGAAAGAGCCGGGCGCGUAAAAGAAGCUAAGAAUCUCAUAGACACCAUGCCUUUAAAACCAAACGUUGGAAUACAACAAACUCUGCUUAGUGCUUGUAAAGUACAUGGGGACUUGGAAAUAGGGGUGAGGUUUGUGCUACACGAUGUGGAAGAGGAGUUAAAGGAGGAGAGCUUGAGAUUUCACAUUGAGAAGUUGGCAAUUGGGCUGGCUUUGGUGCAUGGUGAGAUGGAGAAGGGGAACAAGACUAUUCGGUUUUUCAAGAACUUGAGAGUGUGUGGGGAUUGCCAUGCAUUUAUCAAAGGCUUGUCGAAAGUUUUGAAGGUGGUGUUUUUUAUGAGAGAUGCAAAUAGGUUUCACAAGUUUGAGGACGACUCGUGUUCUUUUGGCGAUUAUUGGUGA